AUGAUCGCACAUCGUCCUCUCACCUUCGCUCUGGUGGCGCUGGUCUCCUUAGUCUCGACCGCUUUCGCAGGACAGGACUUCCGUGGGCAGAUUCAGCCCAACGCUGCGCUGAUUCACCUGCUCAAUCUCGGCCCCAAUACUCGAGUCCUUCUCCAUGCUAUUCCACCACAGCAAACAGCCACCGCCGACGAGCAGAGCGGCUUCUUCACUGCACCUGCCACCAGCUCCAACAACUCUUUGGACCUAGCUGCAUUCGGCCUGCAACACGACCGAUCCACCCUUGUUGCUGUCGACGGCAGCUUCAUCUUCCGCAACCUCGAUCAAGGUGCUUACACUCUUGACAUAGUCUCUCGUACACACGCAUUUGAGAAGUACCGCAUCGAUAUCCUUGACCCUUCUCUGGGAAAAGCUCCUCAGAUUCGUGUUUUCACUCCCGGCACAUCACUCACCAGCAUCCUCAGCAACAACCCUGUCUUCCACCCGCUCAUCCUCCACGCGACAAAGCAGAUCGACUACUACACCGAAGCAGCACCUCUCACCAUCUCUUCCCUCAUCGGCAUGGGUGGGCCUAUGAUGAUCCUUGCCGUCGUCGGUAUGGGAAUGGUCUUCCUCCUACCCAAGCUCACAGCAUCUCUCGAUCCAGAAGCACAGCAAGAACUGGCAGACUCUCAGCGAAGAAUGCAGAAGAGACUUGCUGCUGUACAGUCAGGCGACGUCUCGAGUCUCAUCAAGGGUCAGGAACGCGAGCAAAGCGGCUAA